AUGUUAACACUCUUUAUGUCCAUCUCCGGUGGCCUCAGCUGGAUCGAAGCUUUAGAGCAGUUGAUGCAGGCACAUCCAUUGGCUGUGGUCAGUAUGCUGGUGUACAUCACAAGUACGAUUUUCGCCGUGUUGAACGUAGUCACCGGAGUGUUCUGCAAUACAGCCAUUGAAAGCGCCCGAGCGGACAAGGACAUUGCCAUCAUGAAGCAAAUGCACAAACAUGAAGCUCAAGUUCAAUCAUUGCGUGAGAUUUUCCAUGAAAUCGACAACCAAAAAUCCAGUGUGGUAAGUUUGAAGCAGCUGAAGGAGGCAUUGCAGAGUCAGAAGUUGGCUUCCUUCAUGCAUUCCAUGGACAUCUCUACCCAGGAUGUUUGGACUCUCUUCAUGGUGAUUGACGCAAACGGAGAUGGGCAAGUGACGCUGGAUGAAUUUGUCUUUGGCUGUAUGCAGCUUCAAGGCCCGGCAAAAGGCUUGCAAAUGGCAAGGAUGAGCUACGAGAACACAAUGAUGAGAGAAGAGAUCAAGAGGCUUCAGUCUGAUUUUCGCAGCAUGAAAGAUACAAUGAACAAAGCCACGCGAGUCCCAAGCCAAAACCGACGAUGGAGAAGCGACUUGCAGAUACCACGGUCGCCAAUUCACUCUGAGAGGCCCUCGGAGCGUGAGGACGCAAAGCUUGCUUGGUGCAAGUCUGGUCUUUUAGGGGCAGGCUCCCAAAAGGAGCGCCAAAGGUCUUCUGCUGAGUCUUCAUGA